GAUAAGAAAAACAUCUAAAAAAAUCAGCUAUUAACGAAGGCCGACAAAAUUCGCCAACAGGAAUCGAAAACCGCUACAAUUUGCGAAUUUUACAAUAAAUUGCCAAACUAAUUUGAAACUUUGGACUGGAACAUUUAGUUAUCUCGAUUUUCCAAGUAGACUGAGGGCCUUGCAGCUAACAACUCCUCAGAUAAGACACUAAAGGGAAGACCUCAUAAAACCGUAUAAAUUCCUGAAUGUUUGGUAGUAUCGGGACUCGCCAAUAAACUAGUGAUUAGUGGAAAUGAUAAAUCGAUAUAAAAAUAAAUGGGUCGCUCAGUACCCAAGGUUCACACAGCUGCCAGGCGGUGGAACUGAUCCAUCCCGCCAAAUCUUAAUUCACGCUGGAACAAACAACAUUAUCCACUAAAACAUUUAAGUUUGUAGAUUGAAAUUACACUUUCAUGUGAUGGCGGCAGAUGAAGGCACUAGGAGGAAAAAGAUUCGUGCUAAAGAUGUGUUUGAAGUGUAUUUUUUGAAGCAUCACCGAUGUGAUAUUCUUACAAUAAUGGAAGCUGACAAUGAAGAUGAACACUAUUCAGUCAUUGUAAAUUUCCUGACUUUGUUUGAAGAACAUGUAGAGGUAGCAGAAUCACUUUUAGCCUCACCAGUGAAGCUCUUACCAGUUCUGGAUAUGGGGCUUCUACGUGCUGCUCUAAAAGUCAUGGAUGAAGUAAAAGGGGAGAAAGAAGACCUCAGUAUGAAGACUAAUAUUCAUGCUAGAAUAACAGGGCUGCCAACCUGUCCAGAGCUGUAUCGCCAUGCUGUCCCC